GUCCGCGGCGCUUACUGCUUUCCCCCUUUCGUCGUCUGCUGCUGACGCUGUCAUCCUCCUUCCCCACUCGACCGGGAAAGCGAGCAACCGAUUAAAAGAAAGCGGAGAUCCAAUGAGGGAUUCGGCAUAGCCAUCGCCCACCGCCGGCUACAAUCGGGGAGAUGAACAAGGCCUGAUUGAGGAUCGAAUUGAGAAGGAGAAGGGGACUGAAGAAGGAGUGAGUUGGGGAUGAGAGGAGUCGUGCCGUGUGUACGAUGAAGAACCUCCUCAAGAAGCUCCAUAUCGUGCCGAGUCACUCGGAAGACGGGGAAGCAUCGCCCUCGCCUUCCUCCUCCCCGAUCAAAGUCUGCCCCUCUGCCACUGGCGCCAAGGCACCCCACUCUCAACCCGAACAGAAGCCCUUAUCCGGAUUCAGUAACUGGUUGAAUUCGGUCUCUGGUAGGCAAGCCAUUACCCCUCCCUCCUCUUCUUCCUCCUCUUCCUCGUCGUUUGCUAUCGGGCAGAGAGUGGAUCAGAGGGAAUUGCCGAGUGUGGUUUCCUUGGUCGCUUCCGAAGAGCUAUCUAAUUCACCUGCUGAAGAUUCCGAGUCGAGCAAGCCUACGGACCAGGAAAUGGACGAGGAGUACCAAAUCCAGCUCGCUCUUGAGCUUAGCGCAAGAGAGGAUCCGGAGGCGGCCCAGAUCGAGGCUGUGAAGCAGAUUAGUCUGGGUUCCUGCCCACCGGAGAACUCCCCAGCGGAAAUCCUUUCUUAUCGAUACUGGAGUUAUAAUGUUCUCGAUUAUGACGACAAAAUCUUGGAUGGUUUCUAUGAUCUUUAUCCUGCUUCAAUUGGGUCAACAUUUUCGGAAAUGCCUUCCCUUAUGUAUUUGCAACAAAUACCAAUCUCUGACAAUAUUGGUUGGGAAGCUGCAUUGGUAAACAAAAAAGAAGACGCUGACCUUUCCAAACUUGAACAGAAAGUGUUACUAAUGGCUAAAAAGUUAGGGGCUGAUUCUUCAGAUUCAUCAGGUGGUCUCUUGGUGCAGAAGGUUGCCUUUAUAGUAGCUCACUAUAUGGGUGGAAAAGUUUCUGAUCCUGAAAGCAUGUUGAAAUCAUAUCAGAAUCUUAGACACUAUUUAAUAUCGACUACUGGAAGCAUUGUGCUUCCCCUUGGACAUCUGACGGUCGGUUUAGCCCGUCAUCGUGCUUUAAUGUUCAAGGUUUUGGCUGAUAGUCUGGGAAUUUCUUGUCGGUUAAUGAAAGGGAAGCAAUAUAUAGGUUCAGAUGAUGGUGCUCUAGCUACUGUGAAACUUAAUGAUGGAAGGGACUAUAUUGUUGAUUUGAUGUCAGAGCCUGGUACUCUUAUCGCACCAGAUAGUAUAGGACUGAUUGGUGAACCAAAAGAAGCUACCAUUACGAUUCAAUCUUUCACAAAAUUAUCUAAUGAAACUGAUACAGCCUUAUCAGGUAGUAGGGUGGCAAACUCUGCUGACUGUAGCACUGAGAAUGAGCCAUUUAUCGAACAAGGAUCAAUGUCUAAUUGCCAAAAAGAUCCAAAUUCAGCUCGGGUAAACCCAUGUGACUUAAGUCAUCAAAACAAUAGGUACAUUCAAGCUGACAUGAAUAACCCAGCCAAAUCUUCAACUAUUCUCAAUGUUGCCAUGUCAAAAACUCCAGAUACAUCUGGUAAUUCAAAGCAUCCACGGUCACCUUCUUGGACCGAAGGCAUUAGUUCUUCAACUGUCCAAAGGAUGAAAUUGAAGAAUGUAUCAGAAUACAUGAUUAAUGCUGCUAAAGAAAAUCCAAAAUUAGCUCAAAAGUUACAGGAUGUGUUGUUGGAAAGUGGUGUGGCUGCACCCCCUAACUUGUUCACUGAGAUUUGUACUCCAGAAAUAGAAGAUCCACUGGCUGAAGAAAUGCAUUCAAUUGAAGAUAAAAACAAGAGGAAGAUAACUAAGCAUAAGUUAAAACAGAAAAUUGAAACUGGUUGUCGUGGGCCCUUCCUGCCUCAGCUUCCUAGCCACAUGCUCCAUCAGAAAGUAUUUCUCUCUAGGUCACAAAUGGAUGCUGCUAAAUCUGAAGAUAGAUUCAAUCUUUCUCGCAAUCUUGAUUCAAGAGAAGCCAUUAACAAUCCUGUAUAUGAAGUUUCUGAUGAACCAUUGCUGCAGGAAUCUCCAUUGCAGCUUGUUAGACAUAUGCCUGUUGCUGCUGCUGCUGCAACAGCUGCUGUUGUUGCAUCUUCAAUGGUAGUUGCAGCAGCAAAAUCAAACUCUGACAUGAAUUUGGAAGUUCCUGUUGCUGCGGCAGCCACUGCCACUGCUGCAGCAGUUGUGGCUACAACGGCUGCUGUCAGCAAACAAUAUGAACAUUUGGAACCAUGUUCCAGGAUGCAGUCUAUUUCUGGAGGCAAUGGCCCAAAUCUAACAGAGAAGAAUGAAGUUAUUUCUGUCAAUGAACAGCAAGCAAGCUGUCAUGGUAAUUAUGAAGUUAAUACAAAAGAAAGGUCUGGUGAUUCUCAUCAAGAAAUGGAUUGUACUUCUGAUAAAUCCAUUGGAACAGAAAGUACAAAAUCUGAAAAUGCACUGCAGGAUGUUGUAGAAUUUGAAAUAAUAUGGGAAGAUAUUAUUCUUGGUGAACGAAUAGGGCUUGGUUCUUUUGGGGAGGUGUAUCACGGAGAUUGGCAUGGAACAGAAGUUGCUGUUAAAAGGUUUUUGCAUCAAGAUAUCUCUAGCGAUGCACUUGAAGAAUUUAUAAGCGAGGUGCGAAUAAUGAAACGGUUACGACAUCCAAAUGUUGUUCUAUUCAUGGGUGCAAUAACUCGUGUACCUAAUCUGUCAAUUGUUACUGAAUUUCUACAUAGAGGCAGUUUGUUCCGAUUAAUUCACCGUCCCAAUAAUCAACUUGAUGAAAGGAGACGCUUAAGAAUGGCUCUUGAUAUUGCCCGUGGAAUGAAUUAUCUUCACAACUGUACUCCUGUUAUAGUCCACCGUGAUCUUAAGUCUCCAAACCUUCUCGUGGACAAGAAUUGGGUUGUGAAGGUCUGUGACUUUGGUUUAUCUCGAAUAAAGCACAAUACCUUCCUUUCUUCAAGGUCAACAGCCGGAACAGCUGAGUGGAUGGCACCAGAAGUUCUACGCAAUGAACCUUCAGAUGAGAAAUGCGAUGUCUUUAGCUUUGGAGUUAUCUUAUGGGAGCUCUGUACCUUGCAACAGCCAUGGGAAGGUUUGAAUCCCAUGCAGGUUGUUGGUGCUGUUGGAUUCCAGGACCGCUGUCUAGAUAUUCCAGAUGACAUAGAUCCAAUCAUAGCAGGGAUCAUAAAGAAGUGCUGGCAAAUAAACCCAAAGAUGCGGCCCUCAUUUUCAGAGAUCAUGGCUGCGUUAAGACCUUUGCAGAAACCUGCGUCCAGCAACCAAGGUCUCAGACAAAAGAGGCAGGUAGCAGAUAGCAGAUAGCUCGGAGAAGGCAGUAUUAUAGGAAAAACAAGGUUGAAUUUCUGAAAUUCAAUUCAUAAGAAAUUAUAUGGCUUGGGGGAGGUUGUUCAAAUGUUUGUUAUCCAGCAGUCCCUUCGGGAUUGAGAAGUUGUGAGGGAAGAACUUCAAUUGCCAAGUCUGUUUGACGUCCAACACGGUUAAUUUAUCAUGAACACUGGUAUGUGAGAAGAACAUCAACAAAACAUGAAAAGACAUUAUGCACCCAGGGAAAUUGAAUUUGAUUAUGAACAAAUCAUGAUGCAGAAAAAAGUAAUUGGUCUAACUUGAUUGGAGUUGGGAGUAACGGUAACUCACUGAGCUACUUGAACUCGUUGGUUUGUCAAUGCAACAUGGAUGAGCUAUUCCAGUUGUUUUCUAAUUUUUCUUGUUCUGUGUUUCGUUUUGUUGAAUCAAGUCCAGCUUAUUCGAAAUGUUGUACAUAUAUUUGUAAUGUAUUCACGUAUUAUUCUUUCAAGACAUGGAAUUUAUGCGGAAAGGGAUUUCAAUGUUU